GAAAAAUUCUUUCUGAAGCUUCAAAUUGGAGGGAAAAGGUGAACACGUAGACGUGCGUACCAAAGUGAGAGAUGCCGGUGGCGCGACCAGAGUCGUCCGAUUCCAGGGUAAUUGCUCACGUCGACAUGGACUGCUUCUAUGUUCAAGUGGAGCAACGUAAACAACCUCACUUAAGAGGUCAACCAACUGCUGUAGUACAAUACAACUCUUGGCAAGGUGGAGGCCUGAUUGCUGUCGGAUACGAGGCUAGAAAAGAUGGGGUGAAACGCUCAAUGCGAGGUGAUGAAGCAAAAAAAGUUUGUCCCCAAAUUCAUCUCAUCACAGUUCCAGUAGCACGUGGUAAAGCUGACUUAAACAUAUACCGAAAUGCAGGAUCAGAGGUUGUUUCCAUUCUUUCAAGAAAAGGUAGAUGUGAGAGAGCAUCAAUUGAUGAAGUGUACCUUGACCUAACAGAUGCUGCUGAAAAACUAUUGAAAGAAACACCACCAGAAAGCUCGGAAAGCAUCCAUGAAGAAGUUCUGAAAUCGCAUGUUUUAGGGCUUAAUUCAAAUGAAGAUGAUAAUCACAAAGAAAUUGUAAAAGAAUGGCUACAAAACAAAAAUGGUGAUCCUCAUGAUAAGUUAUUAGCAUGUGGAGCCCUAAUUGUUGCUGAACUCAGACUACAAGUUCUACAGGAGACUCAAUUUACAUGUUCUGCUGGCAUUGCUCAUAACAAAAUGUUGGCAAAACUAGCAAGUGGCAUGAACAAACCUGCACAACAAACUGUUGUCCCCUUUUCAUCAGUAAAAGAGCUUCUAGAAGCUUUACCUAUAAAGAAAAUGAAACAACUUGGUGGGAAGCUUGGGAGUUCCUUACAAGUUGACCUUGGAGUUAAUACUGUUGGUGAUUUAUUAAAAUACUCAGAAGAAAAACUUCAAGAUCUUUAUGGUGUCAACACAGGUACUUGGCUAUGGAAUACUGCAAGAGGAAUGAAUGGGGAGGACGUUGAGGAACGUCUGCUUCCUAAAAGCCAUGGUUCAGGGAAGACAUUUCGUGGGCCAAGUGCCCUAAAAACACUUUCUUCUGUUGAAAAUUGGCUUAAAGAGCUUUGUGAAGAAUUAAGUGAACGACUUCAGACAGAUCUAGAGACAAACAAACGAAUUGCACAUACGCUUACACUGCAUGCUGAUGCAUACAAGACUACAGAUACGGAUUCACACAAGAAGUUUCCUUCCAAAUCAUGUCCUUUGAGAUAUGGAUCAGGGAAGCUUCUAGAAGAUGCUGUAAAUCUUUUUCAAUGCGGAUUACGUGAAUAUAUGAGUCCCAUGGGAAACCAAUCUUGUGGGUGGAAAAUUACUAGUUUGUCUGUUACAGCUAGUAAAAUUAUUGCUAUACCAUCUGGGACUUCUUCGAUUACAAAGUACUUCCAUUGUCAAGAUCCUGGUGAAAAAUCUGAUCUUUUGUCACCGUUAAAUGACUCUUAUCAGAGUGAGCUGAAAAUGGAAUUUGGUGGGGAACAGAGUAUAAUUACACAUGAUGAAAGUGAAACCAGUUUUGAUCGAAUUGAUUUAUCUUCAGGACAUGAAAGCUGUUCAACUUCAAAUCAAAAUGAGCUACAACCAAAAGUAUCCAUAAAAGAAACAAAGAUUAACUACCCUAACAAUAUUAGAUCAAAUGCGCAUAAAAGAAAGCCAACAAAAGAAAAGGGAAAAACGUCUUCCAUCCUGAGAUUUCUCCAACCGAACUCAAGUCAACAUGGUCAAACUUCAUCGGUUAUAGAGGGUGGGAGUUUGACCAAAAGUCAAAAUCGACUGACGACAAACACAUGGGGUUAUAAUUUGGAUGAAAUUGAUCAAUCUGUGGUUGAUGAAUUACCACGUGAAAUACAGGAAGAACUUUAUGCUUUGCUUCCACGUAAGAAAGCAAACAUGGUGAAACGAGGUUCUAGUAUUGCUCAUUACUUCUCCCCUAAAUAGAGAAAUCCAAAGUAAAUGUAAAAAAGUUAAAUUAUGUCUUGUG